UUAUCUCUGCAGGUGCAGCUCUUGAUUCUCAACGUGCUGGCGUUCUGGAGCGCCGUCAACGCCGGCGGCCUGCACCCCGCCACCGAGGGCUUCUCGCACACCAUCGCCCACCCGGACGGCUCCACGCACCACUCCACCUUCAUCAGGCAUAACACCGACGUGGUGCCGCGCGACCACGAGUCCGGAGUCUACGAUCCGCACACGGGACACGUCGUGUCCGUCCACUCGUCCGGCGUUCACGGUUAUACCACUGGCGCUAGUCACGUCGUUGCCUCCAGGCCCCUCGGAGCUUACGGCAGCGCUGCAUAUGGAGGUGCCGCCUACGGCACUGCCGCCUACGGAGCCCUCGGAGCAUACGGAGCCUACGCUGCACCGUCCUACUCUGUGGCCGCUGCUCCAGCCGUGUCCGUAGCUGCCGCCCCGGCAGUGACUGUGGCACACGCACCCGCAGUCUCCGUCGCCGCCCCUGCUGCCACGACCGUCGUGAGCCACGGAGCCGCCGUGUAUCCAGGACACACGGUCACCGGCUACGGUUACGGCGGUGGUCUCGGCCUUGGUUACACAACUGGUCUCGGCUACGGUGCUGGUUAUGGCCUUGGCUACGGGGCCGGUUAUGGUCUCGGCUACGGCGUCGGAACCGUCGGAACAGUAGGAACAGUCGGAACGGGCGUUGCCACCUACGGAACCGGACUCGCAACAUACGGUGCCGGCUACGGUGCUGGCUAUGGUGCUGGCUACGGUCUGACCACCGGUUACGGCCUCACCGGCCUCGGAGGCUAUGGCUACGGCCUGCCCACGUCCCGCACGGUGGUCCAGAGGGGCCCGUUCAUCAACAACCGCGUCGUGCAGACGGCAUUCGGUGACGUCCACACACCGCACCACGAGUUCCACCACCACGAGCACCACACCGUGCACCCGACCGGUGGCACCGCUUUCGCCGCCGCCCCGGCCGUCUUCGGUGCCUACAAGAAAUAGGAGGCCUGUAGUCCCAUCGUGUGUUCAAUGGCGGGGAAUGGGUGGCCCUGGGACGAACAGAUAAGCCUGCGAGACGAGCGUCGUCCAAUCAUCCUGCUUCCAGCAUGGCGCCUGGAACAAGCAUAGUCACUGUAGCAAGGUCAACGGGGAUCUCCACUUUCGACCGGCGGGAAACUAACGACUGCGCCAUUCCUGGAAACCGAUACUUCGAAACGUACACUGCAGAAAGUCUACGAAGCAAUGUCAGCUGAAUGCUGCAUGUAAAAAUGUUGUUGCUUGGUUGUUUUAUUGUUAUAUAUUUAUAAAUAAACAAGAUAUUUAGAGUAAAA